UCUCACCGCGUCAACGUGUCGAAGAUAUACCGAGUACGAUAACUGUACUGUAACUGUGACGCGAGUUCGUUUUCUUUCUUUUUUUGUUUCCGCGUGAUUCGUCGUUUCAACGGACGCUGGUUUGCCGAUCUAAGGGUGCUCCGACGAUCCGUUUUCCUACUAUCUCUCUUUCUCUCUCUCUCUCCCUCUCUCUCUCCCCCUUUCUCUCUCUCCCUCCCUCUCUCUACAUGAUUUAGUGCUUGUGAAGAAAAAGGGUUUUGUGCGUAUCGCGCGCACAGAUAAGUGCCGCUUCGUCACCGAAUCAGCUUAAGCUUGGUGCAUGGCUUCGCGUUCGAGAGUGAUAUCGUUGUUUCACUGCUGCGACGGAUAUAAGAGGAAGAUAGUGCGACGGAUCGCGCGGCUGGAUCGCCGAUGAGCCGUCGAGUGUGAUAGAAAAAGUGGUGCCUAUCGUCGAGUAAUACGACCGACGGCGCGAGAGGAUCGACCGCGAAAGAUGCUGACGUCCAGCGCGAAUCAGUAUCUCCGUCCUGAUCAUUACCUCACGCCGCUACCUACUACGCUGGAUGCGAAGAAAAGUCCACUCGCAUUGCUCGCACAGACCUGCAGUCAGAUAGGAGCGGAUCCACCGUCCAACAAAUCAUUACUAAGUUCCUUGGACAAGACAUCGAGUAACAGAUCAUCCAAAACUACGGAACAGUCUCGCGAGAAAUCCUCGCCGGCGGUGACGGUAUCAGUCACGGUGCCGAGCGAGUCCACGAAGACUAGUUUUAAGCCAUACGAAUCCUGCCUGGGACGUGAGAAGGCGUGCACGCCGGACGAGUCGCGAUCGACGUCAAGCCACUCGACGUCCGGCCGAUCGAGGACGCCCGGUAACAGCGGCAAACGAUGCCCGAGCAAUCAGAGUGCCGCGUCGACGCGCGCGGUCACGCCGCAAGGUAGGAAAACAGCAACGCCAAACGGCGAGGUCACGCGAGACUCGCCGGUUUCAAGAAACUCGGCGCCUUCGAGUACAGCAGACGCUUCCACGAGUCAGCCAACCGUGAGUAGUCCCUCGUUACAAGUGAAACCCGCCUACAGUCCCGUCAGCGUGCUUGCUAUGGCCGAUCCAUCAAUCAAGGAUCUCCCAUUGGGCACGUUUAAGCCUGGCGUCAGUCUACCAGUCUCCACCGCCGCCUACUUGGGCUACAGUCCCGGUCAACUACCUAUCGACGUGAUGGCCAAUUCACUCAUGUCCCAUCACGCCGCCCUGAAGAAUGGCAUCAACCCUUAUCUCUAUGCACGAUUGAAAAGUACCAGUGGACCCGCGGACAAUCUGAUGCCGAUAUGCCGUGAUCCCUUCUGCACCGGCUGCCAACUCAACUCGCACCUACUGUCGAGCCCCGCGACGGCCGCAGCGGCCGCCAAUGGCAAGUUGCCGUCGGGUGCGGGCGCGACGCCGGGUUCCUGUCCGGCUGGAUGCGCUCAGUGUGAUCACAAACCCGGCAGCGUUUCGCCCUACGGCUCGCUGGUUUACGCGCAUGCGCAACUGGCGGCACUGGCCGGCACGCAGCUACCCUAUGUCUGCAACUGGAUCGCGGGUGAUACCGCGUACUGCGGAAAAAGAUUCGGUACGUCUGAAGAGCUGCUGCAACAUCUCAGAAGUCACACGAACAUGUCGAGCGGCGCAACCGAUCCCGCAAGUGCGGCUGCCGCGCUCUCCCUACUGCCUGGGCCACCCCCGGCGUUGCACCCGACUCAUCCUCUGUUCGCGAGGUCUUACCCUACGCCGCCUUUAAGUCCACUCGCUACCGCGCGCUACCAUCCCUAUGGGAAACCCUCGCCGCUCUUGACACCGUCUCUGUCGACGCUCGGGCUGCCGCUUCCGCCGCCGCCACCACCGCCGCCGCAUCCACACGCGACUGCUGGACUAGCAUAUUUCUCGCCGUAUUCUAUCUAUGGAUCUCGUCUAGGUGCCACCUCCGGGAUGCACCAAUGAGUUCUCGGCGAUGAGCGUUCUCGUGAGCCAAACGCUUCCGAGAUAAAUCGGCCGGCGAACUGUGAUUCUGCUACGGAUUCGAGUACGUGAACGAAGAGCAUCGGUUCUACUAUACGCGGUGCUUUUGUCACGGAAUCUCGCGAAGGAAUCUGAAGUCAUAAAACGGAUAUCGAAGCGGUAGGAAUGUUUUUUUUUUUCUCGAUUACUACACUUGGAGAAAAACUUAGUGUUAGCAACUCUAUACAGGUGACAACUGUACAAGUAUUAUAUGUAGAAUUAAUGUAUAUGGGAUAUUCCACGUUAACGUGGACAAGUGUCUGGGCAAAAUUUGUGAAGUCGAAAUAAAACGAGGACUUAAAAUUUUCAUUUUUAUGUGUGGUUUAAGGAAAAACAAUGGCGUUUUGAAAAUUCAAAACGGCUGCUCCAAUAAUAUCGCUAGAAUAAAAAACGUAUGAAAAUUAUCGAAAAUAUUUAGUUCAUUGAUCAGGUGGUCCAAAAUUCAUUCAAUUUCCAGGAAAAUCGAUAUUUGUGGAUUUUUCGAAUUACUCAUGAACAACCAGUAGUCAUAUUUCCAAAAUUCGAAAUGACGGAUCCAGAAUGUAUUUUCCAAUUCAUUAUAAAUUUUUGUUCAUAAUCUAUGAAUCUUAACGAAAUGCAUCUUGGGAGACCCUCACAUAUCUAUCUUCAUGGGAAAAAAUCAAUUUUGGAUCACAUGAUUAAGAAUCUAAACGUUCCAGUCAAUUUUUGUUUCGCUACAGUCAUCAUAUUGCAUUAGUCAUUUUAAAUUUUGGAAAUCUGACUGUGGAUUAUUCAUGAGUGACCCGAAAAACUUUCAGACAUCGAUUUUUAGGAUUGAAUAAACUUUGGACUACUUGAUUAAUGAUUUAAGAAUUCCAGUCAAUUCUUCAUUCAUUACAGUCGCCAUACUGGAUCAUUUCGAAUUUUGGAAAUAUGACUACGGAUUGUUCACGAGUGAUUCGAAAAACCCAGAUAUCGAUUUUCAUGGAAAUCGAAUGAAUUUUGGACCACCUGAUCAAUGAAAUAAACUCGUUUUCAAUAAUUUUCAUAAGUUUUUUAUUCAUUCUAACCGCCAUAUUGGAGCAGCCGCUUUGAAUUUUAAAAAAUGCCACGUUUUUUCUUAACCAUACAUAAAAACGAAAAUUUUAAGUCCUCGAACGUGUUAUUUCGACUUCACAAAUUUUGCUCAGACGCUUGUCCCCGUUAACGUGGAAUGUCUCAUAUAUAAUUGAACAAAUUAUUUUAUAGUUGCAAUAACUAUAGAAUAGUUUUUUCACACAACUGUGCAUGUUAAUUUUACGUAUAAAACUUAUAUAAUUUUCACCUACAGUUGCUAUUAUGUCUUUUUCUCUGAGUUUACGCGAUAGUAUAUUUGGUGCGUCUUCCGCAAGCUGUACGCUAAGCUUUUUUUACCAUAUGAUUGAAAAUCUAAUACAGAAUUUGAAAGUAAUAUGCACAUGAAACAUCCUGUAGUUAUCCUUAGGUGCGAAUCAUUACUGUUUCGAUGUUGCCGCGAACAGACCCGAUAUUUUAUACUUUAAAUAUUAAAAUAUUUUAAUAAAUACUAAUUUUUUUAAAUAGAACUCAAUAGUAUCGAAGCAUUCUACUCUGCGAAUGCUAUUUCGCAGAGUAAAGAGAAAAAAUGUUAUAUUAUGUCUUUUCAUCUUUUAUUCUCGAAAAGAUAAAACACCGUCGUUAUCGCGUAUGGCUACCUCAGCUUUGCAAGAGUAAUGAUUCAAUCUUGUCGUUGCAUUUGAAAUACUUUUAGGACGAUUAACCCUCGUUCAGCAGUAUUGAUAAUGCAUGAGAAGCAACGAUGAAUUUAUGAAAUUCAUUCAUUUUUAGAAUAA